AUGUUGUUCAAAGCAUACCUUUGUCUUUGUUUUGUCGCAUUAGCUUCUGCAACCACGGUUAUUAAUGCCUGUCCUGAGCAAAAGUUCACCUUCCAUGCCGAGGUUGUGAACUUCCCACUAUCAAGCAUCACUAUCACAGACCCAGCCUCUAAUGGCGAUGGAACAUGGGAUGUGACAAUAAAUUUUGAGGCAGCAAAUACAAUGCCGUUGAACUCAUUGACAGAGUUGAAAAUUUUGAGUUUAGCAAAGAUAUACACUCUAUACUCAUACAAUCUCAAGGUUUUUGCAGUCACUAAUCCCGGAUCAUGGUCACAAAGAGUGACAGUUACACCAAGAUCAGUGGGCCAAUACGAUACUUGUAUGCCGCAAUUUACCAUCCAAUACGAUUGGUGUAGUGCUGGUGUUACCGACAUGUCAUACUGCAACAGCUGGAAAUACCAAGGGUCCUAUGACUAUAUCACUGGUUGUGACAACUAUGAUGCAAGCACUGGCUUUUCCCAAAAAGAUGCCCCCGACUACUGUUGGAACUUGCCUGCGUCUCUGACUUUGCAAAGCUCUCUGGCUACUUCUUCUGUCUCUAGUUCCACUAGUGUCCCCCCACUGGAUGUAACGAAAAGUUCUUCGGUUCAAAGUUCGUCUGUUAGCUCAUCAGAAAGCUCCUUUGUGCAUAGUUCAACUACUCAAAGCUCCUCCUUUGCUGUCAGUUCAAUAACUUCUACUGAAAGUUCUGUUCCACCAACAUCAUUGACAGAGAGUUCUUCGUUUGCGAGUUCUUCUAGUAAGAGCUCCUCUAUGGCUACUUCUUCAGCGCUGACCUUAUCAACUGAAAGCUCUUCACUUCAGAGUUCUUCUGUCAGUUCAUCUUUCAGCUCUUCAAUUCAGAGUUCUUCAAUCAAUUCUUCGUCUCAUCCACCUCUCAUCUCCUCAACUGAAAGUUCUACGGCACCAAGCUCCUCGACUGAAAGUUCUUCUCUUUUCAGUUCCGCAACUAAAAGUUCUUCAGUGCUCAGCUCUUCAUCUACAAGAUCCUCGAUAAGCAGCGCCCAAAGUUCGUCAAUCGUGAGCUCUUCUAGUGAGACCUCUUUCACGCCAAGUUUUUCUAUUGCGAGUUCCUCUUCAGUGACUUCUUCUUCGGUAAUUCCGUCUACCGACAGCUCCUCUGUUGUAAGCUCGUCAACGACCUCUUUUACUAGACGUUCCUCGACUGGCUUAACUGAAACUACAUCUUACGGUUCCUCAAGUAUGAGCUCUUCUUCCCAAAGUUCAUCCACCGAAACUUCGUCGACUGAAAGUUCAUUCACUGUGUCUUCGGAAAGUCUUUCUACUCAAACUUCGUAUACUGGCAGUUCAUCUGUUCUCAGUUCUACUGGAAGUACUCUGAUAAGCUCAAAGAUGAGCUCUUCUGAGAGUUCUAGUCACAUACUGAGCUCGACAGGGGAAAGUUCUAAAAGCUUAUCCACAAGCUCCUCCACAUCCGCUCUGGUUACCACAACACUGAGUCUUUCGAAGACGUCUUCGAUUGUCACGUCAUCCAUUGAAAGCUCUUCAAUUACGAGUUCUGCGACUGUUUCUUCGACUGAGAAAUCUUCUGUGGAGAGUUCUACAAGCAUAUCAACAGUAAGUUCUCUGAACAGAAGCUCUUCAUCUGAAAGCAAGCCCACAGAAACUUCUACUACGAGCAGCUCCGUAAGCUCCUCUUUUGUGAGUUCAUCCACUGGAAUUUCUUCAAGCGAAAGCACAGUUGUUCUGAGUUUCUCUCUGUCCAGAUCUUUAACCACACCAAGAAGCUUUGUGAGCAAUUCAACCAUGAGUUCUCAUUCUGUACCUUCAACGAGCAUUGCACGAGUGACUACCACGAGUGAAAGUCCUUCGAUCUCACUUUCUUCUGCUUCAAGCGCUUCAGUGUCUACUGAAGUUCAUUCUUUGACGUCUUCCAUCUCUUCGUCAACUUUGCCAACUGCGUCUGUCGAAUCCUCUUCCAAGAUCGUAUCAACUAGGGGUUCUUCAGAAGUUCCAUCCACAACGACCACUUUAUCAACAACUUAUGUGACAAGCACAUCUUGCAAAGACAAAUCAUGCACACUCGUCACAUCGACAGUAACGAUACCUUAUGUCAGCUCCAACACUUGCAACGGCUUUUCAUGUGUCGCUGCUUCUAGCAGCAAACAAUCAACACCUGAGGCAUCGGGCCCUAUCCCAUCUAAGACUGCAAAAACAGUAUACAGCUCUUGUGAAGUUUCCAAAGAGAUAACGAGUACUAUAUUGACUACCACAAUCAAUGAAGUCUCUUCUUCCUACGUUUCAGCUGAGUCAAGUACACCCGUUGUUACACCUUAUACUUACAUUGAGAGUACAGUUACAACGGUUCGUGUCUCAAGUUCAGAAACUCCAUCUCUGUCGCUCGUUCUUGUACCACUUAAUGGUGGAGUUCAAAGUUUGGGUAUCUCUCCUUUUGGUAUGCUUGCUAUUUUGCCUCUUUUCUUCUGA